AUGGCCGCAUGCCUUAAUGUCCCAUACCUUGUGAAAUAUUUCAUAGAAAAUGGUGCUGACUUGACAUCGUGUGAUUCAAAGAAAAACACAGCUCUACACUAUCUCUGUAAAAUUCCUGAAUCUAACUAUUCUCUCGAGUGUAUUGAGCGUUUUGUAGAGCAAAUCAAAAUUGUCAAUUGUUUGCAGAUUCUUGAUUCAAAAAAUAUUGACGACGAUACGCCAUUAUAUUUUGCUGUGACGUCAGGCAACGUGCAGGUUGUGGACAUUCUUGUGGACGCCGGAUGUGACGUGAAUGUAAAAACAACAGACGAAAGCAUACUUUCUUUAGCUAUCGAGAUGAAAGCAAUUCAAAAUCCCACCAGCGAUAUUGUCGCCAAGCUUAUCACUGCUGGUAGUAAUGUAAACGCUUCAGAUGUAUAUGGUUACACACCGCUGAUGCAAGCAGCGUCUUGUAAAGACUUGGAUUCAAUGAAAUUGCUUAUCCAACAUGGGGCAGACAUACAUUCAGAAGAAUAUACAGACGGUGAUACACCUUUGAUGUGUGUCGUUAAAAAAAUAUUCCCGAUCGAUAUUUUAAUGAAUUACUGUCUGGAAAGAGGUGCGGAUGUUAAUUUGAGGAAUAAAAAAGGACAAACACUGCUAAUGAUUGUUGCUGCCAAUAAUAAAAUACAAAUAUUUCAACAAUUGAUAGACGCUGGGGCGGACGUCAAUAUUCGAUCACAAGAUGGACGAACAGCUUUGCAAUUCUUAGAUCCAUACAACUUACUAAUAGUAGACAUACUGGUAGAAGCCGGAUGUGAUGUAAAUGUUAAAUGCCUAGAAAACGGCGAAACCAUAUUAUCUGCAGCUAUCAUGAUGAAAGCCACCCAUAGUCCCACCAGCGAUAUUGUCGCCAAGCUUAUCACUGCUGGUAGUAAUGUAAACGCUUCAGAUGUAUAUGGUUACACACCGCUGAUGCAAGCAGCGUUUUGUAAAGACUUGGAUUCAAUUAGAUUGCUAAUCCAACACGGGGCAGAUCUGAAACAUAAAGAUAUGGAUGGAAACACUCUAAUAAACCAUUGUCUACAGAACGAGAACAAAGGUAAAUCCGCGAAGGAUAUCCUAGAUGAUACUUUUGAAUACCUGGUAUCAAACGGACUUGAUAUUCAUCAUAUUGGUAAAAACAAUCGCAAUAUUCUUCAUCUCCUGCCACAAUCAGGGACCAAGAUUUUCUAUAAAAUAAAACACCAUUGCGACGAGGCUGAUGUAAACCAACAGGAUACAGAUGGGGAUACGCCUUUGAUGGUUUCUGCUGAACACUUUGGUACUUUUGUGAGCUAUUUUUUGGAAAAAGGUGCGGAUGUUAAUUUGAGGAAUAAAAAAGGACAAACACCGCUAAUGAUUUUUGCUACCGAUAAUUACAAAGAAAUACUUCAAGAAUUGAUAGACGCUGGGGCGGACGUCAAUAUUCGAGCUCAAGAUGGACGAACUGCCUUG